GAGAAGAUCCUAUGAAGGAAGAUUCAAGAGACGGUGAAAUCAAGAAGACGCGCACUUGGAAGUUGGAUGCAUUGAGCAGCACACGACUUCUCUUUUGGGGAUAUGCAAAGAUUGUUGCAGGUGGCACAACCCAAUGCCAGCGGCAGGGAUGCGUAAAGCAUGGAGAGAGUAAAGAGUUUCCAUGGCAAUUUUACUGCAGUGAAUUGGCAGAUGAAACUUCGACAGCGGUGUGCGUGAUGUGUCAGCCGCCAAUGGUUGCGGAAGGAGGGCCGGGAUGUUGAAGGUUGGGCUUGCAGAUUAGGGUUUCAGAUUAGGGUUUGCGACCAUGGAGUACACCAGUUUGCAGUGCCCCAUCUGCCUGGAGAUCCUUGAUCAACCUGUGGAGACGGAUUGCGGGCACGCAUUCUGCGAGGAGUGCCUGCUGAAGAGCGUCCAGGUGUCGCCCAUCUGCCCCACCUGCCGCUUCCGCAUCACAGGUGUCAUCCCCUCCUUCACGCUGCGGCACGUCGUCUUUGAGUUCAAAAAGAAGAAGCAGCUUCAGAAGAGAUUGAACGAGGCAGGCGUUCAGCAGUCGACUGCAGCUCCUCCAGACACUGCCCCGGAUGCACCCUCCUCCGAUGUCCAGGACGAGAAGCUCGCGCCAACCCCCCCCUCCGAGGACUCAGCCACUCAGCCCCCCCUCCCUCCGGUCAUCACACGUAGGGGGCCCAGCCAGCCGCUCGUGAAAAAGACGAUCCAAGUGCACUUCGUCCCUCGCCACCCGUUCCUGUUCACUGGAGGGGGGUUCGAUCCAGGGAACGUGUUUCUGGCCGAGGGCGUGGCGGAGUUUUGCAGCCUGACAGAAUUUAAUGACUUCAUUUCGGAGGCCAAUAUCAUCGCCCGGAAGUACACCCCGACCUUUUUGGAGGUGUGGGUCUUGGGCGGGCUGCUGUGCCCGGUUGGCGGCUGUUGCCUGCUCUGCUGGUGGGCCGACACCGCCAAGGAGAAGCUCAGGACGGCGGGAGAGCUCUUGCUUAAACGAUACCCUGGGAACGAGGCUGCUGCCCGCUCUGCUAGUGGGCCCGACACUGCCAAGGAGAAGCUCAGAGACUUCGUCAACGAGCAGAACGUGUUGUCACAGCCCAAGGGGUACAUGUGGGCGCUCCGCUGCGACGACCACUCCACCUGCGAGAUUGAUGAGCACUUCUUUUUGGAGCUGACAAUGGAUUCCCGGUGGCGAGUCAACGUAUACAACACGCCCAAGACCAGGGAAAUUCACCGGCUCAUGGCGGACCGCACCAUGUUGGAGGAGACGCUCCGCAACCGCGGGGUCCGCUUAAUCCGUACGAUCUCCGGGCACAUCCAAGCCCUGUCCCCGCGCCACGCCAGCCGCCGGGUGUCGUCAUCGUCGAGCAGCCAACCGGGGUCUAGCGGCCCCGGCUCGCCCGGUUCGGACUUCGGGGGAUCCCCCACGGGAGUGCCGCUCGUGCGGGGCCCCUCGAGCGUGCCUCCCAUCAGGGAGUAG